AUGUUUUUAAACAGCUUACACGGUUUGCGUCCCAAGCUAUGUUCAUUGGUAAGAUAUACAAGAGGAAUAAGACCCCAAAUUAAAGUUGCGAAAGAAAAAUUUCAAAUCAGCCUAGAUCUACAUCAGUUCAAAAGAGAAGAGAUACGUGUAAAAGCUAUCCCUGAUUAUGUUGUCAUUGAAGGUAAACUAGAAAGGAAAACGAAACGAGGCGAGGUUAUCAAACAAUUUGUAAGGAAAUUUAGAUUACCAGAUGGUUGUGACCCGAAAACAAUAAAAUCUGAACUUUCUUCUGACGGUAUACUUACUAUUACUGCACCCAGAAAAACAUAUGACGCUAAUAUGCCAUCUGAAACUAUCAUCCCUAUAAGUUAUUCUGGUCCUAGUAAAGAAAAUGAAUCUAUCAUUCCUGUCAAAGAGACUAAAUGUAGCUCUCCAAUAAAACAAGGACCAGUGUGUGAUGAUAAAACUAAGAAAUAA